GAAAAAACCGCUCUCCAAAACUACAUUGCACUCGAACGAUUCGGCGAUUCGGACGGCCGCGGUUUUUUUUUCCUCAUCUGUUUUAUUUUGGGAGCCAACACCGUCGGUGACAAAGCGAAAAAUGACCGUUCCGCCAGUGACAAAGAGUGACCGAUUGGAUUAACCCCCAUUGCCAGGAUUAUUAGGUUAGGGCAGCCCGAUAAACAAAAAUUAAUUCUCAUAAUUAUUUCCAUUCCGGUGUUGAGAUGGACUCUCAGCAACAACAGUUCUGCCUGAAAUGGAACAGUUUUGGUACAAACCUUGCUACAUCUUUUAGCAAUCUAUUUAAGUCCGAAACUCUUGCCGACGUCACACUUUUUUGUGAUGGGGUGACAUUCAAGGCACACAAGCUAAUACUGGCGGCAUGCAGCAAGCACUUGGCCGACCUGUUCGAAACGGCCCCCCUGCACCAGAACCUGCUCGUCAUCCUGGACGGCACGUCCGCCUCGAACAUGGCCGCCUUGCUCGAGUUCAUGUACAAGGGAGAGGUGCACGUGUCGCAGGACUCUUUGUCGAGCUUCCUCAAGGCCGCGGAAUGCCUACAAGUGAAAGGAUUGAGCAUCGAACACGAGAAGCUGGCAGUGGCCCAGAGCCAAAACCAAAAUGCGGCAGCAGCCGCGGCCGCCGCCCUCGACACCUCCCUGGACUCGCCAUCUCGCAAGCACCCGCGCACCAAAGACGACAUGGACAACAGCGGCUCCAACCAUCACCAGUCGAGCCCUUCACCCAGCUAUUCGCCCGCCAUGUCGCCCUACAUGCACCUCCCGUACAGGGGUUACGAACAGAGGCUACCGACAUCCGGGGCGGCCUACGAGAACUCCAUGAAGCGGCCGUUGCGCAGUCCCAAUGAGAUACUGCAGGAGUCGGUCCGCGCAUCAGUGCUCCGUGACGGAAGUAAAGCUUUGGGAAGACCGGGUUCGCCAGGACCAUUGUCGUUAGCGUACAGACCGCCAUCGAGCAGUUCGUGUUCGUUGCCGACACAACAUGAGGCCGACGCACCGCCAGAGAACCGAUUCGAGCCAGAUCCUGCCACAGCCCUUUGUCCCGAAACAAACAACACCGAACCAUGCCAAGACUCCAGCUGUCCAGAAGAUUUAAGAAUGAAAAUGGAACCUGACAUAAAGAUCGAUGAACCACCAACGAGUACUGGCAAUGGCAAUGGCAACGGCAACGGCAACGGCAACGGUAAUGGUAACGGCAAUGGCGGUGGGACGCAGUCCAACCUGCCGAGCCUCAAGAACAGCCCCUCGUCCAACGGACAACUGGAACCCUCGACGCAUCAAUUCAAACACGAAAUGGACAAAUCCGAUCUCCUGUCGCCGUCGCUAUGGAAUUCCGUGGCAGGCAAGCUGAGUCACAAGACUGGGACGGUCAAUACACCGGAUGGAAAGAAAUUGAAGUGUCCUUUCUGCGAGAGAUUGUACGGCUACGAGACAAACCUGAGGGCUCACAUCCGCCAAAGGCAUCAGGGCAUUCGAGUCCCUUGUCCAUUCUGUUCCCGCACCUUCACCAGGAACAACACGGUGCGCAGACACAUAGCACGCGAGCACAAGGCCGAGCUGAGUCUCAAGGCCUUCCAGACUCAUCAGCAGCAACAGCAGCAGGUCCACAAUCACAAUCCGUGAAUGGUCGCAAGUACGCUGGACGUGCGCUACAAAGCGCCCACGACCCACGAGAUCUGAUUGAUGUACAUAUAAUUUACUCUCUCUAAAGAACUCGUGGCGAAAUUUCAUGUCUGUGUUUCGUAACUUAAUAUAUGUCAUUUUUAUACCCCUGUUGAAAAAGCAUGAGGGGUUCAACGACGGAAUACACACAAGUCUAGGAACCACACUCUGGACGUAAGCUACGUAAUUUUAUUGACAACUAUGAAUUCAGGGACUCAUCUAAGAGGUAAUACACCAAUUAUUUUUUUAAAUGCGUUCCAACAAAACUGGAUUACAACAAUCCAUCCAUAUUACGUCGUUGAACAAUUCGAAAACGAAAAAGGGAUGUGGAUAGGAAAGUGAAACAAUGAAGCUGGCCUUCUUUGUUAUUUUCUACAAAAUUAAUGUAACUUAACAUUUCGUUUUUUUUUUAAACUUGAGUUUCUUGUUUGUAUACAUACAGAUUUGCUUUAUGUACUUAUGUUGAAUACAUGAAAACGGGUCACAAACUAAAAUAUCCUGAUUGUACACAUUUUAGUCAGGGUUCUAACAAACUACCUCACUGUUAAAUCGUUUACCUCAUUUUCUAAUAGUUAGGACCUCCUAGUCACGUAGUGCAAGAAAUAAAAAGAAAGUUAGGGUUAAGUUUUAAACUCAGGUUUAACAUAUAAGUAUUAGUUGGAAUUGUGAAAUGAAAUAAGUUACAUACAUCUGUUCCUACUUUCGUUGACAAUCUCAACUACAACCUGCUUUACAUUUAUGUUUUACUCACUUUAUGAAUAAAAGCUUUAAUAACUGUAAUAGCUCAGGUCCAGUGAAUAUGAUUCACGAUAAUUCAAAAUCAGUAACAUUUUGUAAAAAUGAAAAUUGUGUCAGUUAGGACGUUUUUGCUGUAAAUUAAGUUGUAAACAAUUUUUUAUUGUUUAUCGUAUAUUUUUUAGCUCAAAUAGUUAUAUAGUUUUACGAAGGUAAUAUUAAAUAUUACCUAAAAAAACUCUGAAUGUGUCAUGUUGUUAAGGGUUUUUCGAGUUGCUGAUAAUAGACGACCGAAGCUGCUGUUUCGGACGCAAUUGCAACCACAUUUAGAUUGAAUCUGUUGUGAAUCUAGUACGGUUGCAUGUUGUGCAAGAAUAGAAAAUGCAGUUUCACGCGGUCUCAUGCCAUGUAGUUAAUUAUUUAUACAAUCAACCAAAUAGAUAUUAGUUUUAAGCUUUAAAAACUCCCCGUUUUGAAGCUACUAGUCAUUGCAAUUAUUACAACCUACUACCUCUUUUACAGUAUUUAAAUAUUACGGGUUCUUAUACAAACUGGAAUCAACUACCUCAGACAUACAUACAUGACAAGUACAAUAGAAUUUAUCAGAAUCUAUAAAUAUAGAAUAAUUAUAAGGAUUUACAUUUAUACAGAUAUUUUAAUAUACUUUAAAUGUUAACAAUAUUGUAAAUAAUAGGAGAAAGAAUUAUAUCUUUAUAAUGUUGUUGACAUCUUUUUUACACUUCCAUUUUUUGUUAAUAUAUUUUUUUUGUAUAUUUGUAGUUUUAAGCGUUAUUCGAUGAAUAUUUUUAUAAAGUUUAUAAUACAUUAAAGCCAUAAUUUAUUUAUUUCUGUGUGAUAUGCUUUUCUGUAUUAUAAACGAUUACUUUCGUAAGUUAGUGUAUAUAAGUGUUUAUUAGUCUGCUAACGAAAUUCUAAAACGGGUAUCUUAUAAAAUUAAGUUAGCAGAGCUUGAUACAUUCAGGGUUUUGACGAUUUAUUAUGAACCAUAGGUUAUAAAAAUUAAUUUUAGGGUGCCGUAAGUUAGUUCAGUUACAUGUAAAUAUUCUUUAAAAAUUAAUUUUAUUAAUUUGUUAUUUUAAAUUAGUUUUGUAAAAUAUGUAUGUCACAUCUAAAUGUUUACGAUAAAAUAUUUUGCUACCAGAACGAGAGAAACAUGCGACGGUGAUAAAAGAUAAAUAUAGUUAUUUUGAUACGUUUGGAUAAGUGAUAGUAAGAACAUGGUUACACAUACAGCCACAAAACUGCUUCAAAAUGCGAACAUGCAUGCAAUCGCUUAGUUUGUGGGUGCGUGUGUCGGGAAAGUCACUAUUUUAUAACUUAUUAAAAUAUAUUUAAAACUUAGGUGUUAAAUAGUCAUCUAACGUUUUGCUCAUUACUAAUAGCACCGUCAUAUUACGGCAUUUUGAUACCUACCACUACUUGUCGGUAAUCCAUAUUUAUGUACUCAGAAUUAUAAAAGGAACUUCAACUUAAAAAAUCAAUGCUAUUUCAGUCUUAACAUCUAUGUCUAAAACAAAAAAUUAAAAAAAAUAAGAAUGUCUCCAUUUAAGAUUGAUAAUUUUUUCUUGACAAGGCGUCAUAUAUGUCGACAAACAUUGUUAAAUGGUCAGUAUGAGAUAAUUGUUAAUCUAGUAUGUAACCCAGACGCAUUGAAUUAUUCCCUAUGUGAUAUGUAACAUAAUUUUCUGCACUCCCCGUAUUUUUUGCUCUGGGUAAAUACACUCGAACUAGAUAAAACGGUGUUUUAUGUAAAAUUUUGUCUGUAACAUUGUUAUAUAAGUGGCAAUGCAAUGUUAUUGUGAGAUAGAGUUUUACCAUUCUCGUUGGCAUUCACACAAAAGCACACUAGCAAUAACUUGUCUUGAUGUAACAUGAACAGGAAAAUUUGAAAGAGUAACGGCACGUUUAUAAUCGUACGAAACGGGAAUGGUGAAAGCAUUUUAAGAGUGCAUUUUCUUCAUACUGCAAUAAUCUCAGGUAUUUCUUUCAGGGAAUUAUUAUUAAUAAUACAUUUAAUAAAGGAUGUAAGAGAUGUGUGUAUGUUACAUGUUGCUACACAUUAACCGACACCAAGAACGACGGUCGCAAUCGUCCUUCUUGGUGCACCUGAUCCUGUAUAUAGGGCACUCGAAUAAUGUUUUAACAAUUAUAUAACUGUUGCCUGUUGCAAACUGUUUAAUUCCAAUACGUAACAGUACAAAUACAAAAUCUACCUCAUUCGAUCAGUGGUGUGUGGUCUCAUUCCCCCCAUUGGUAUUAAUUAGUACAAAAAUUGUAAUUAUAUAGUUUUUGUAUUGUUUAUAAAUACUUUACCUAGGUGUUUAAAUGUAUAAAAACUCAGGAACUAAAGUACAAAUUCACAAAAUUAUAAAUAUUCAGGGAGAAUCUCGUUUUUGUAUAAAGGUUGUUGAAAAUAAAUUGCAUAAUUUUAGACAUUCUAGGUAAGGUUAAUAGAUUAAGAGACACAAGUAGAUGGUAGACUUAUCAUACUGAUGGCAAGUUAGUUGUUUAACAUCUAGAAUGUUUGCCACAAUAUGGUUCUCAUCUACUGUCUGCUUUAACAAGGAAAAACAAAUAUCCAUUAAAAAUUGUUGAGAAGCUUGAACAUUUUUCAUGGAAAUUUGCAGAAAGCAAGAUAUAUAGCCAGAUUCAUGCAGAAAUAUUUAUGUAAUACCAUAUACUAUAUACUGCCACUCAAUGUAUAUUCUUUAAUAAUUCCUUUAGUAAUGGUUUAUGUAGAACAUGGCAUUUACGUGAAAAUGCUCUUCAUAAACUUGUUAGCUGUUUAUUAUACUGUGACAUAUUAUGUAACCAUUAUUUAAAAAUUGUGUUUUCAAACUCGAUAACGUUACAUUGUCACAUGUUAAACUAAUACAGAAAAUCCACAGUGUAUUGUAUUAUGUGUACAGACACCUCUCCAACUUUGACACUCCUCAGCUGGGAGUAUAAUAUCAACUACUUAUUGUAUAUAAGUAAUUUAAUCACAAGUAUGACUAUGUAUUCAUGUUUCUGUUUUACUUAUUAAUUUUAAUAAACAAUUUGUCGUUUA